CUCCCCUCCCCCCACAUUCAACAUCUGCAUACACCCCAGUGUGUUGAUCAGAGGCAGGAGGGUGGUGGGGAGGACGUGAUCAGGUGUUGUGGUUGUCCUCUUAUCUCCGCAGCCUGGUUGGAUGUGUCUCUGAGCCUGCUGCUGAGGAGUUAGUUGGAGCUGAAGGUCUUCCUCUCGACCAGCUUGCGGCAAUGAUUCUGAAGGAGAACAAGUCCUUUGAAGUGAAUGUCCAUUUAGCAAAAUGUCUGCCAUUACCAGUGGAAAAUGACCACACCCGUCCUCGGAUAGACCUCAUUGUGUUCCUAAUGGAUAUGCGUAGUCAGCACAGUGUAGAAACUGUGAGGUCAUCAUUGGCCUAUGUUGAUGUGAACUACUUUCUUGGAAAAGUUUGCUUCCUGGCAGCUGGGGACAAGUCUGUUAAACACCAGUCAGUGGACAUGUACACUCUGAAGCAACUGGCAGAUUCGUACUUGAGCCCUCUGAUUCUCGCUGAGCUUGAGUCCACAGAGAGAAGAGCAGUGAUAGCCAAGAGACUUCUUCAGAUGUUGAAGGUAGCUGCUGGCCUGGUCCCAGGUGUCUCGGCCCUUGCUCUCAGUUCUCUGAUAAGACCUUCCUUCAAGACUGAAGUUGAGAGAUGCUAAACAGUCUAUUGUGUUAUGGGCAUCUCCAACUUAUGAUUGCGAAGCCACCCAUUUUUUUCUUAACGUAUCUUGUGCAAUGUCUUGAACUUAAAUUUAUAUUUGAAUUUCCCCCCCCAAUAAAUGUUUUGGAAGCAAUCAUCUCAACCCUGUUUCCCUUAAAUAUAAUUGAGAUGUCGGGUAAUUAUUGUGCAUGUGGCUGACUUGCUGUCUCACUGUAUGAAAAGUCAGAGUUAAAAGGAAGGUUUGGAUGCAAUGUAAAGCAUUUUUGGGGCAACCCUGUUGCGCCAAUGAACAAUUGGUAUUUGACGGUGGGGGUGGGACUUGGAAAGAGGUUGAAUUCUGAAUGGAGAAAGUUUGAACUAGAUUUCAACAAAGAAUGAAUGUGGAUUUUUCAGUCUUGGAUUCUAAGGAAAUGGUUUCAUACUACUCCUAUGAUGCUUGUAAAUAAUGCAGUGUGCAGUAGAAACAAAGUAUACAUUAAACGUUUUGUCAGUCUCAAAUUAA